AUGAGUCCAAUCUACUAUUGCUACAAGCUGGAAACGAGCCGUAGCCGCAGCGGCUGGUGGUUUUCGGGGAAGCUCACGCACCGGCGGAUGCACAACCCGCCUAACAAUUGUCAGUUCCAGUCCACAGCCACGCUUGGAGACCGUGAAAUCGAAUGGCGCAAGGACCCGUUCCCGUCGCUUUUCGUGGAUCUCGACAAUAACGCCACACUCGACUACGAUAAGCUAUGCAUGAAAAUGCCCAUCUACAGCGAAUACAUGUGGCAGGCGAUCAAGGCGAGCGAGCACUACAAAUGUGACGUGGAAACGUGCAAC